AUGACAAUUGACCACACAGCGAAACGCAGCUCGGAGCUCGAGGUCGGAAACGCCAAGAGAGCGCAAUUGACGUCUCCAAAGCGCAAAAAUUUGAUCGUCAACGCCUUCAUCAUGGGAUCUGCAGGUAACCAAUCUGUUGGAAUCUGGAAACAUCCCCAAGACAAGUCCGCGGAGCUCUAUCAAUCACCAGAAUAUUGGAUAAAUCUCGCCAAACUUCUCGAGAGGGGAAAGUUCAAUGCGGUCUUCCUGGCAGACGUACUGGGACCGUAUGACGUAUAUAAGGGUCCCGCGAACGUUGGCCCGGUUGCCAAGGCUGGAUCACAAUGGCCCAUCUCGGACCCUAGCUAUUUUAUCCCACUGAUGGCAGCAGUGACUACAAAACUCGCCUUUGGAAUGACCAUUUCAACCAUCAGCGAGCAGCCGUACCACUUGGCCAGGCGCUUGGGAACGCUCGACCUGCUUACCAACGGAAGAGUUGGCUGGAAUAUAGUGACGUCUUACUUGGACAGCGCUUCCAGAAAUUUGCUUGACGGCAAGAAUCUGCCUCCUAACGAGGAGCGCUACGCCCGAGCUGGUGAAUACGUUGAUGUUAUCUACAAAUUGUUUCUAAGUUCAUGGAGAGACGAAAGCUUCAAGGCUGAUAAAAAAACAGGAGUGUUCACCGACCCUGAAGGCCUUAGACACAUCAAUCAUGUGGGCAAAUACUUCAAUGUACCUGGGCCAGCUAUCACUCAUCCUAGCCAGCAAAAACUACCAGUUAUAAUUCAGGCUGGCACUUCGGCCAAAGGAAAAGAUCUUUCUGCAAAAAACGCUGAGGUAGUUUUUCUUGCUAGCUUGACUCCAGAAGCUCUCGGCGCUUCUAUAAAAGAGAUAAAGCAGAUUGCGACUACAAAAUACCAUAGGAAUCCAUCGAAAAUCAAGUUCAUUGGACUGGUUACUGUUAUAUUGGGAGAUACUCAUGAAGAGGCAGAAAAUAAAUACAACGAAUACAAAGCAAACUAUUCCGAUGAGGAGGGAGCCAAGGCCAUGUUUUCGGGUUGGACAGGCGUAGAUAUUGACAAGUUCGAGGACGACGAGGUACUUUCUAACGUUGAUCAUAUUGCCAUUGCAUCGGCGGUCAAGAAAUGGCAAACAGCCUAUCCCAGAGUGGAGAAGUGGACAAAGAGGGCUAUCAUAGAUGAAAUCAAGGUUGGUGGGAGCGGCCCUGUAUUGAUCGGAACCCCCCAAGAAGUUGCAAGUGAAAUUCAGAACUGGGUGGAUAUCUCUGACAUAGAUGGUUUUAACUUUGCGUACACAGUUCUUCCUCAGUCUUUCGAAGAGAUUAUCGACAAACUGCUGCCUGAGCUUGAAAAGCUGGGAUUGUUCUGGCAUGAUUACCCAAAUGCUUCCGACUCUUCCAAGUACUUAACUUUCAGAGAGCAAUUGUUUGGGGAGCCAUCGCUUGAUAAGACACACCCGGCCUCGGACUUGAGAUGGAAAGCAGAUGAAACGAGAGAGGCUUACGAAGCAAGAAUUGGGGAAGCCUUGAAAAAAUUAGUGUUGUAG